AUUGGCCGGCCGAUCCAGCCGCAGCCCCAGAGAAUGAAUGAAAUUGAAAUUGCUGCUAUAUUACAUGUACAAUACCGGGGAUCUGCAGUCUUACAUUGUAUCAUUCUAUAUCAAAAUGGCCACAGUGGUCCAAAAUCCUCUGAAAUCGCAAUCAAGUGGAACUGUCAUUAAGAACAGUCUUGGUGAGGAGUUUUACCGUGAGGCCAUCGAGCACUGCCGCAGUUAUAAUGCUCGACUUUGUGCUGAACGCUCCAUGCGCCUGCCCUUUCUUGACUCCCAAACAGGCGUAGCACAGAGUAACUGCUACAUAUGGAUGGAGAAGACCCAUCGUGGGCCAGGUGUGGCUCCGGGGCAGCUCUAUACUUAUCCUGCACGCUGUUGGAGAAAGAAGAGACGGUUAAACAUCUUAGAAGAUCCACGUCUCGGACCCAUUGAGUUUAAAAUCGACUAUGAAGCAGCACUAAAGAAAGAAGGGGGUGUUCCUGAGGGUCCUGUUCUGGAGUCACUCCUCAGUGGAGAACUGCUGGAUAAGAAGGUUGAAACAAAAGAGGAGGAACCCAUGAGUGAAUGCCAGAAGCUGCUGGUGGGUGAUUUUCCUCACGAGCUGGACAUGGAUGAGAUGGAGGAGGAUGUUCCCAAACGCAAGAAUCGCACCAAAGGACGGGCAUGUGGCGUUGGGGGGAUGAGAAAGAGACAGGAACCAGCAUCCCUAGAGGAUCGAGACAAGCCAUAUGUGUGUGACAUUUGUGGGAAGCGCUACAAGAACCGUCCAGGUUUGAGUUACCAUUACACUCACACACACCUGGCAGACGAAGAGGGUGAGGAAGACUCCGAACGGCACACACUGCCCUUCCAGCGCAAGAACAACCACAAACCCAAAAAAGCAGCCGAUGGUUCUGUCAUCCCGAACGGCUACUGCGACUUCUGUCUAGGAGGCUCUAAGAAAACAGGCUGUCCUGAAGAUCUAAUUUCCUGUGCGGACUGCGGCCGAUCAGGUCAUCCGUCGUGCCUGCAGUUCACGGUCAACAUGACGGCGGCGGUGAGGACCUACCGCUGGCAGUGCAUCGAGUGCAAGUCCUGCAGCCUGUGCGGAACAUCGGAGAACGAUGAUCAGCUUUUAUUCUGUGAUGAUUGUGACAGAGGGUAUCACAUGUAUUGUCUAAGCCCCCCUAUGUCGGAGCCUCCAGAGGGGAGCUGGAGUUGCCAUCUGUGUCUGCGCCAGCUAAAGGAAAAAGCGUCCGCCUACAUCACACUAACCUAAUCUCCGUGCCCUACUUCACCCUAGCAGUCUCAUCCUACUCUAUCCCAUCAUCACAGAUCCAAAGAGACUCCCCCAGCAUCCACCAGAAGAGAACAUGUUUCAUCCGCCCAAUGCCUGUACGGUGACUGCAAGGAAAACGUAGGGUGCGAUUAACAUUUUUGUACGUCAGUUGGGACUCGAGCAGACCUUUCCUCAACAGUCCCUCCAAAGAGUUCUUUCCUUCAUGGAUCAGAGAGGUCUUCUUCUUGUUUGACUCCAGAUUACGGUGGUUAGACGAGUAGUGCCAAACGGUUUGUCGCUGAGGAGACAUUUUACACGAGUCUGAGGGGGGCGUGUCAGUGGGAGGAGUCUCUGUGACAUCAUUACAUGACGCACCAACCGCAAAAGAGACGAGUGCCACGUGAUCUCACCACAGCUUUCGGUUGGUUUAGCUCUAGUGAGCGAUGGUAUCAGCGUGCCAUUGAUUCUUAGCUGUAUAUUCUUCAGGAGCAGACACCAGCACGUAAUGAGAUCGUGUUUAGUCAUUCAAUUUGGCCUUAUUCUAGCUGUAAUUAGACUUCUGUUGUAGAGAUGAAUGAAUUCUUCAAUAAUUCAUAUCCCUCGAAGGUACAACUUUUGGUUCUUGCGACACAUCACAGUCAAUUUUUUUUUAAAAGGUGAUAUAUCGCUAACGUAGUUUGCGUUAAAAGGAAUAUUCCCGGUUUGAUACAAGUUAAUGGACAGCCUUUGUGGAAUAAUGUUGAUUACCGCAACACUGGUCUCUUGUUUUCUUUAAAAAAAAAAUCGUAGUUAGAGUGAGGGAGAGGUUGGGAUCUGCUGGAUCCAAUGCAAUCUUGUUUAAAAAAUAAAAGAGAAUUAUUUUAUCUCAAGUUAAAAUAACUUUUCUCAGAAUUUCGAGUUUAUAACUCGCAUUUCUGACUCAAAUCUGUACCGCAAUUCUGACUCAAAAAAGUCUGAAUUCUGGGAUUUUUUUUUUUUAUAGUUGUGGAAAUAAGAUUACGUAAACAUAAGCAUUGUCCCGCACACGCCGUCUCUUAUCAAUCAAAUAAAAUCACAUUUAAAGUCAUUUAUAUACAGUAUAUGUGUGUGUGGAAAAGCGAGAGAAAGGGACGAAAUACAAAUAUAUAUUUUUUUGUUGUUUCUAUAGAAUAGAAACAACAAAAAAGAAACGAUUUACAGGUGCAUGGUUGGAUAUUCUCAAUGUUUUUUUAAUUUUUUAUGCCAAACUAUACAGUAAAUUCUAUUUCCUGCUGCGACGAUUGAAACAAGUUCUUAACACAAAAGUCUGGCACUUCAGAUCUGAGAGCGCUGUGUGUGUGGGAAUUGGAAAAAAAUAGGCUAUGACACUUAAACGAGACUGAAAAAUCUGCGUCGACCUCUUACCGCGGGCUUUAGCGGACACGAGCGGAACAAAACAUGAAGUUGUAGGCGUCAACAAGACAAAAUGUAACAUAUCACUGAGGGAGCAGGACUGAAGAAUCCAUCCCACCCAGACCUCUGCACUUCACAAGCACUGCAUUUUGAUUCUGCUUGACCUCAGAUUAUGGAAGAUCUGUUUAUAUGAACCCCGAAAUGCUUUAAUCACAUAAUUUGUUUACAUGCGCAUUAUAUAUAUAUAUAUAUAUAUAUAUAUAUAUAUAUAUAUAUAUAUAUAUAUAUUCCAUGCAAAAAUUCAGCACAUACAGUAUGUGAGGCACAUUUGCUGCGUAUGAGAAAGCCACUGCGUUAAUGUCAAUUCAAUAUGAUUGAAAUUUCAUUCGGAUUGAUGGAGUUGUUUACAUGAAAGCUUUUCAGUCCGAUUGAGCCAUCAAUCCGUUUUUAAAUGGAUUACUUGAAUACGUUCAAUGUAGCUAGUGAGGCACUUACAAUAACCAAACUGUAUUUAAAUACUUUUUUUAUAAAGUACAGCCAGAAGACACAAACAGUAUGUGUUAACAUGAUUUCUGUGUGAAAAACACUUACUGACCUUUUCUGUGAAGUUACGUCCAAUUUUAUAACUUUGUUGCCAUGACAACAUCAGCCUAAAACAACCAUAAAAAUGAUGAGAACAACAGUUUUAACAGACAUUUUAACUGCAAAAGUAGUGUAAGUGGUUUUAUAAUAAUGCAAGUUUCACAUUUGUGCUUUUAAAUGACCAAAAAAUCGUCCACAUUAUACCCCCCCACCCCUCUUUAUUAUUGCACAUUUUACAGGGACCAGUAGAAAUGACUUCUGUGGUAAUCAACGUAACUUGUAUUGAAUCCGGAAAAUUCCAGAAUAUCGGUCACUUUUAGGGAAGACUUAAUGCUGCAAGCUGUUUUCGUAAGUAUAGAUCCCUUUAUUAGGAAGGCCUGAGGUGCAUGUCUACAAGCCAGAGUAAAAUUUGCUCUGUGUGAAAAAAAAAAAAAGAAAAGCAGACGCAGAUUUCAAAAAUCUGCUGAUUUAUUCCGUACUUCCAACAUGACCCCCACCUUCUCUUCCUAUUCUGAACAAGCCAACAUAAAAUUCCCUCUCAGCCAGGGUGCGUUUCUAAGAGUGUAUAUUUAUCGGGCAACGUCUGUCCUUGUUUUAAAAACAGGGCGUUAAAUGUUCGAUUGUUCUCUUUUUUUAUGAUGACUUGCUUGCAUGUUGUAAUAGUAUCGUUUUUAAAUCAUUUAAGGACAAAAAAUCGAAGAAAGCACACUUAAUCUGCAAUAAUGUUUUUGUGUUUGUGACCCUCUCUGGGGAAGUUGCGUCUGUAUGUAUGUGCGCUUUAAAACUCUCGUGGAACUUUGAACCUGUAAACGGCAGAAUGAAAGUGGGCGGAGACUGCAGCGGGGCGGGGCGUAUCGAAAAACGGGGAGGGGUUUCUGACAUUCUGACGAUUUCAGAUGCCAUCGAUUUUGAUUUCCUGGACAAACUGAAGACCAGCUUUGGAGACUCUGGGUUUUUUGGUUUUUUUUUUUUUUCCACGGUCUCUUUGGAGGGCCAUUUUUCCUUUUUUGUGACAAGAAAAUUGUGCGCCUCUUUUGUAGAAUGAGCUCUUUACUAUCUGUAAGUCUGCUUUGUGUUCUGAGACUUGCUACUGCAGCCUGCUUAAAAGAAGAAAAAAUGUCAAGCUAAAUCCAGAGGAGUGUUACGGGGACGGCAGCAUGUGUGUGCGUGUGUGCGAUUGUGCUGAGGUGACUGUUUUGAACCCAAAGUCCCCUCUUAUCCGUGGCCUAACUGAAAAGACUGCCUGCCAUUUUCUCUACACCGAGUCCUUGAGCUUUAAGUUGCGAGACGUUUGCUGUAAAUAGAUAAGUGCUCUGUCUUUCCAGAAUCAGUCCAUGUUAUAGACUCAAGUGAAAUGUUCCAUGUGCUGUAAUGCAUCAAAAUGUGAAAGCAGCUUUUUCUACGCUGCCGGUGGAAUAUUAAUCCAUGUUAUUGGGUUAUUUCUAUUUUUGUAUAAUUUUCCAGUUUAUGGUUUUAAUGAGCGCUACGCCAUUGGCAACUCUGAUGCCAGAUAUGUAAAUCUUUUCGAUUCUUUUUCAAAGAGCUGUAGAAAUGUUUCGUCUUCGGUAGAAAUAGUCUUGAUUUCACAUUUUGAUAGAUCGACUUCUCUGUUCAGCCAACCCCUCGUUGUUCUUUUUUGUACUUAGGACUAUUUUGCACAGUCUGUGUGAUUUUAUUGGAUGAGGGCACUAUUGGAGAGUUUUGAUAAUAAAAUCAAAGCAGUUAGACCCGAGAUGAAAUUACGGACACAUUUUGCAUGUGCUGGUAUCGAUUACGGACAAUAAAUACACAUGUAAUGUGUCGAUUCUUUCCCUCUCGGUUCCUGAAGCCAAAACACUGUGGCUCUGUGGCGUUUUCAAAACGUUGCUAUGUUUGUUUGGGUGGCCCAGCAUAGCAACACUGGCUCAACCAAUAGCAAGAGUUUGGAGGCAGAGCUGUCUGUAUGUGUGACCAAUGGCAGAUGGAAGGGCUUCUAAAAGUCUUUUGAAAUCCUUUUUGCAGUUCCAGUGGCGCACAAAUUACUUUUAAAAGUGUUAAGGGGGAAAAAACGUCAUGAUUUGUCUGCCUUGGUGAGAUUUUUGGUUAGAAACUAACCUUUAUGUUCUGUAGUAUUUUCAAACGAUUGUCAAGCUAAAAGAGGGGCCGUGAUCGGUUUGUACCAAAAUAUGUUUUAGUCCGCAAGCCUUUAUUGAUGAGGGGCGGAGUCAUAACGAUGUGAUUGUAUUCUUAGUGAUGUGAGAGUAUGAGUGGCAUUAUGGGUACACAGCACUUAACCAGAUCAUUAAAAUGGUGAGCAACCACAUUUCCGUUUCAACGUGGACCGCUGCGUCCUCUCUCCGUCCGGCUUCGGUUGAGAUCUGUGCUCUUUUCGUCUUUAUUGUCUCGCUGAUUUUGCAGGGUCUUCUCUACCUGUGUAUUGUUGUGCUGUGAUUUUCGCUUGCAGUCCCCCCCACCCGACACACGAACACAAAAGAUACUCUUGUGCGAGAGGACGCGUGAGUGUUUUCCUUUCUUGUAACUGUCCAUAGAAAAAUAAAACAGACGUAUGGAGAAAAGAAGCGUGUUCUGACUCAGGACUGAGUUGUACAUUUGUUUUCAUUGAACUUGAAAUGGGUGCUCCUCGUGGAGCUGAGCGGCUCUGAUGACUGCUGCUCAGUGAUCCAUUUUAAAGAAUGUCCUUUCUUUUGUUUCUGUCCAUUUUGACAAGCAGGAAAUAAAAAAAAAAAAAAAAGUACCAUUA